GAUCAAAGCUCCCUGCGUUCUGCUCUGUUCCAGAGGGCAUACGCAACAUGACCAUGGACUCCAGCCCGAUGAACAUGCCCAUGUCGGACCCCAACGCCUGGGCCACCGCCAUGAACAACCUGGGUAUGGCCCCCAUGGGGAUGCCUGCAGGACAGCCCUUAAUGUCAGACUUCGACCCGAGCCUGGGCAUGAUGGCGGGCAUCGCUCCCAUGAACCCCAUGAUGCCUGGCUUGGGCAUCGUGCCUCCGCCCAUCUCCCAGGAUAUGCCUGUCGUCAAGGAGAUCAUACACUGCAAGAGCUGCACCUUGUUCCCGCCCAAUCCCAAUUUGCCACCUCCAGCCACGAGAGACAGACCUCCGGGCUGUAAAACGGUGUUCGUGGGGGGGCUGCCAGAGAACGCCACGGAGCAGCUGAUCGUGGAGGUGUUUGGGCAGUGCGGCGAAAUCAUCGCCAUUCGCAAGAGCAAGAAGAACUUCUGCCACAUCCGUUUUGCCGAGGAGCAGACCGUGGACAAGGCCCUCUUCCUGUCCGGCUACCGAAUCCGACUUGGCUCCAGCACCGACAAGAAAGACACGGGCCGGCUGCACGUGGACUUUGCCCAGGCCCGGGACGACCUGUACGAGUGGGAGUGUCAGCAGCGCUUCCUGGCCCGCGAGGAGCGCCACCGCCGCCGCUUCCAGGAGGACCUGAUGCGGCCGCCCUCGCCCCCGCCCAUCGUCCACUACUCCGAGCACGAGUGCGGCCAGCUGGGGGAGAAGAUCAAAGACGACUCCAAGUUCCCCGAGGCGGUGCGCGUCCUGCUGACCUGGGUGGAGCGGGGGGAGGUGAGCCGACGCAACGCCAACAACUUCUACUCCAUGAUCCAGUCGUCCAACAGCCACAUCCGCCGCCUCAUGAUCGAGAAGGCCGCCCACGAGAAGGAGGUGGAGGAGGCCAAGGAGAAGUUCAAGAACGCCCUGGCUGGUAUCCUUGUGCAAUUUGAGCAGAUUGUCUCUGUAUUCCACGCUGCUUCCAAACAAAAGGCAUGGGACCAUUUCUCCAAAGCCCAGCGCAAGAACCUGGACGUGUGGCGCAAGCAAGCAGAGGUUGGUCUUUUCUCCCUUUCCUUCUUGAUGUCUCUCUUUUCCUCUGUGUCAGGACCAGCUGCCCAGGCCGAGGCGCUGAAGGAGGAGAAUGACAGCCUGCGCUGCCAGCUGGACGCGUACAGGAACGAGGUGGAGCUUCUGAAGCAGGAGCAGGGCAAGGCCCAGCCGCCGCGCAGCGAGGAGGACACCACGCGCCAGCAGCAGCUCAGCUUCCUCCAGCAGGCUCUGCAGGGCAUGCAGAAGCAACUGCUAAAGAUCCGUGAGGAGCUGAAAGCGAGGGAGGCGGAGGUGGAGAAGAGUUCGGAGGACAAGCAGCAGCUGGAGAGCCAGGUGCAGAGCCUGAAGGAGCGGGUACAGUCCCUCCUCUCAACACACAGCGUCACGCUGGAGACGUCGGAGCGAGAUGACAGAGGCAGCGAGGAGAGCACCAAUCAAGCCAAUGAGGCGGCCGCAUCAGCAGUGGUGUCCUGCAGCCAGGAGAAGGAGAGCGUUCCAGAGAAGGGCCCGCCCAGCCCUGUGCGCUCCGAGAGGGAGGCCCUGCUCGUGGGUAUAAUAUCCACCUUCCUGCACGUCCAUCCGUUCGGAGCCAGCAUCGAAUACAUCUGCUCCUACUUACAGUGCCUGAACACCAAGAUCAGCACCACGGAGGUGGAGGCCCUGCUGGGACGGCUGCCCUGCACCUUCAGACAGGAGCUGAGCGGCGUGGGCGCCAGCCUGGAGAAACGCUGGAAGUUCUGCGGCUUCGAGGGCAUCAAGACGGCGUAGAACCCCCCCCCCCAUGGUCAACAGGAGUGUCACGAGGAGCGUUGGGUCGACGGGUCAUGGGUGCUGCCUCUGUUUUGUGUGUGUGUGUAUAUGUGUGUGAACGGUGUGUGUGUGUGUGUGUGUGUGUGUGUGUGUGUGUGUGUGUCUGUGUGCACGUAGUGUGUCUGUGUGUGUUUUACGCGGGGGUCAACCCGACACCAACGGCAGGCAGCCACCAGGCUUCGGGGGAAAGGACUACUGCACAGGGAGAAAAUCAAGGUCUACUGAGAACUGAGCAACUUUCAACCAACUUCCUGUCUCGCUGGCCUUCUCUAGUUUCCUUCCAAAAACUUUGUAUAAACUUAUAAAUACAUGAAUAUAUUUCUUUCUUUUUUUUUUUUUUUCUGUAUAGGCUGGUAACGGUGGCAUAGGUUUUGUUUCCAUAAUCUGUAAAUGCUUGAAUAACAACUUGAUAUUUUGAAAUAAAACUGAUGACAACA